UAAACAUCCAUUUGCAUGGAAAGGCAGCCUCAAAAAAAGAUCGAACUAACUGGUUCCAAAAUACCUAGGCGACAUGGCGAUUGAAAAUAUGGCCAGUUUGGGAUGAAAAACAUAGGAUUGGUUCCACUAAAAACAGCUGCUGAACAGAGCCAAUUUUACGCAACACUGGGGCUUUGACACGAUGUUGACAAAUCAUUUACUAUAAACAAUGAGCUUGACGACGCUCUAGGAUGACUAAUUACCGACCAAAACAGUUUGUUAAGAGUAAACACUAGCUGUCAUGAGCAGAAAUGAUUGACUAGGACAAAAUCAACUACAAUUUCACAGUGAAACCGUUAUGUCGACAAGAAAGGUGUACGCGAAAGAAUGUACCAAGGGACAUGGACAAGUUACGAUGGGAAAUAUCAUUGCGCAGUUGGAAUACAAUGGUAAAACCAUGACAAACUUAAAAAGAAAUCCCAUGCAAGGAUCUGCUUUAGUUAAGUCAGGAGUUAUUUUGGACAAGAGCAACAAAGUCAGAAAAGGCUCUAUGAAUAUUGAAGCUAUGCGAAAAAGUUUGCAGAAACAAAUUGAAAAGCAAAACAAUGCCAAGAAAAACAAGACACGACGAAUAGUAGAGAAUAGGCCGAGAAAAGCAUUGUCUUGUUAUGUUGGUAGUGAAGGGGAAAGUGUAGGGACUUUAGGUGAUUUGAGUACAUCUCAGUCUAGAAUUUCAAGCGCUAGAACACAGACAAGAGUCCAGGAAUUCAAUACUGGUAUUACAUUACCUGGAAAAGGUACCAGGGAAGAAUAUACCAGUACCAAUGAAGAGGAUAACAGUGGAGUUAGUUCUAAACAGCGUGGUAAUAUCUAUAGCCGUCAUUUAGAUCAGGAGGAGUCAGAGUCGGUUGUUAAUUCUACAGCGAGUGGUGGUGAAAGAAAACUGAGCUCUGUCUCAAGAAAAACCGUUGCAUCGUCUCAAACGAGUACAAAAACAGCUAUCAGAAUAAGUCUAUCGCAAGGAAAUGUCAAAACGGCAAGAUCUGAUGAUAAACAAGAAGAAAGAGAAAAAGAGAGGAACAAGAAACCGGAAAACGAGGAAGAGUUCAUAAAGAAAUUAUCCGACCCCUCACUUAAAUCAUCCUUAGAAAAAAUCAUUCAAAAGAGAAGAAACAGUGUAAAGUUCGUUACGCUACAAAGUGGUGGAAUCCGAGUGAUCAAUCACGAAGAUCUAUGCUCUGUUAUCACGGAAGAAGAGAGUAAAAUCUCAGUCUUGGAGUCGGAGGUUGAGCAAAGAAAAACACCUACCCUUGACACCAGCUCUGAAGCAAGUACAAGCAGAAGAGCCAAAGAUAAUACGCCAAUGAAGGACAAGGAAUGUAAGGGAAGGUACUCUCCUCUCGAUCGGUCAAGUCAAGCAAGCGGAAAAUCCUUCUAUUCCAUGGGUAUCGCGAAAGAAUACGACUCCACAGACCUAUUCAAGAAUAGAUAUACAUCAAGAGAUCUCUCCUCGGCGCUGUCUCAUGUAAGCUCAAGGUCUGGAGUGACUCGGAAGUCUACACAAAAGAACAAGAAAGAAAUCAUGACUGAAGAAACUCGAGUUAUUUUACCAAUGUCAGCGAAGAAAUACCGCCCUAUAUUGACGGCAAGUAAAGAGAAGCGACGAGUUAGGUCGGCAUACUGCGCCAGUAGAAAUAAGGAAGAUAAAUUAUUAGAUCAUAGAGAUAUUGUACGGGACUUUUUAGUGAUGUAUGCUAAGGUGAAAACGGAUAGUAAGAAAAAAGCGGACUUUAUGCAGGAAUAUAAAGAAACUUGCGAAGUUCGCAUGAUGAGUGCGACACCCGAGUUUGUCGUCAAAAGUGCGAUUGGUCAGUUCCUAACGCGCGCUUUCCCAUCAGGGAAAACUGAAUCGUAUGAUUUCGGCAAAGACCAGAAGUAUGAGGACUUACAGAGAACAAAGUUACUGAAAAUUAAGACUUGUAUGCAGCAGCUGGCUAGUUUGGCUUGAUAAUAAUAAUAACCAUCGACUGGAUAAUUACUUACCAUGAAGUAUCAUCACGUAAAAAAGGCUUGUAGAAUAGGCUAUAAAGGGAAGUAGAGAUAGAAGAUAAUGGACAAAUAUAAUUUAGACUGGGAUGUAAGAAUCUUGAGGAUUGGAUCAAUCGAGUCGCAUACUCGAGUCUUAGCUCUAUAUUUUAAUUUCAUAAAGUUAGCAAUUUAUAUUUUUAAACGCUUGCAAACUGCUUUUUGGAUGAAGUGUGUUUCUAGAGAACUAUCGAUCACUGAAUAUUAUUAUACACAUCAGUUUGUUACGUAAUCUUUAAGCUUUUAUUUUGAGGCAUGCAAAAUUAGACCAAAAAAAUAUGUUUUUUUUUUCAUUUCUCCACCACAUUACAGGCCCAUUCCCAGGUUUUUUCUUGGGGGGUUGCGAAAUUCGAAAAAGUAGACCUGAUUUUUGACCACCCCCAAAAGAACAAAAAGGAUUUUUUAUGCCAUUGCUGUAUCUCUACAGGACGUUUAUUAUAAGAUUUGACUACAAAAAAGAAGUUUGACAUACCAGAGUGGUCUAGUAAUUCCUUUUUUUAUAUAAUUCUUUUAUGCUUUAUAAUUUUGUCUUCAAAUGGCAACUUUCCUGCGUACCAGAAGUGGACUUUCUGCCGUUGUGGGGGAUAUGAACGCACCCCCCUGGGUAAUGGCCUGCAUUAUUCCUUUUUUAGAAAUUUUAUAGAGUUAAAUGUAUGUACAAGCCUGCCCAUUCCUUUUCACUUUUAAUAAUUACCUGUUUGAUUGAAAGGUUUUAUGCAUUGUGUUGUUUAAAAAAAAUCCACAUCACCCAUGGAAGGUACUUGAGAUUAAAAAAAAACCAAUACAA